CUGUAAAUUUAGAGACCAAACGGUUUUGUGUCAAUUUAACCUUAAUGUGUUAUUUUUUACCUAUAUUGCAACAUUGUUUGUAAACACCACUAUAACAUGACAUUUUGAAUUUAAUAUUAAUUUUUAUUUGUUUAAAGAAUGGUAAUUAGUUAUCUAUUACGGACUAGGGUUAGAUUUUUAUUGGAUUCUUCUUUCAACAGUCACAGAAGGUGUGUUCACAAUGAAGCCUCCAAGGAAAGAGAGAAGCAGAUACGCAAUUAUGUACUGUCAAGGUACAUGCAGUAUGUACAGCAAUAUGCCGAUGUUUUGGAAAAAAGAUUUCCAACAGCGAUACGAGUUUAUAGAGUUUUCACAAUUGGAGUCAAGGACUUUUACGGUGACCUGAAAGUAUUUUUAGCUUUAUUUCACAAAGUGAAUCUUACGUCUAAGGGAUUAGAAGCUUUAACUAGAAGAGAACUGGAGAUAUAUCACAAAAUGCCGAAGGAUAUGGUUAGAAUUGCUCCAGUCCUGUUGUUAUCUGCGUUACCUUUUGCAAACUAUGUUAUUUUUCCUCUUGCCUACUAUUUCCCGCGGCAUCUGCUCACGUCGCAUUUCUGGUCGCUGCAGCAGCGCCACGAGUUUGCACUUAUCGACCACCGCAAUCGUUUACAUCACUUCAAGGGCGUGUUUCGAGCCCUGCAGUGGCAGAUGGAGAAUUUGAAGGACCACAAGCUGUAUUGUCAUUGGGAAUCCGUCAUUGGGUGUCUUGGUUCAGGGCUGCACCCGAACACUGAAGAGGUCCUUGAGUGCAAAACUUUGUUUGCGGAGGCGCCUUACCAUUUGAACUGCAUCUAUUCUAGUCAUGUGAAAGAGUUGCUGAGGUCUCAUGGGAUGCACACUGGAUGGCGUCGUCGUAGAAGGUUAGCGGAGAGAGCCAAGCUGGUGCAGCUGAUGGACCAAGCCAUCUGCAGGGAGGGGGGAGUCAGCAGCCUCAGUCAGGACGAGAUAAGAGCGGCUUGCCUAUUCCGGGGCCUAAACCCGGCCAACAUGAAGAGAGCCGAUAUGGAAGCUUGGCUCCAAGAUUGGUUGUACGUGUCCCAGAACCUGACCAAGGACUGUAGAUCCCUUGUGCUACAUUGUCCUAUAUUGUUGGCCUACAACCACCCUUCCAACUGGGUGUUGCGAUAGUGAUGUUACCGAUCAAUAAACUUAUUUAU